AUGCCGCCGCCGCCGCCUCCUUUUAUCAGGUUGGCUUCUCGCUGUAAUUUGGUAAAAUGUUCCUGGAAUGUCCGUUGGAAAUCUGUUAGAUCGCUUGCCUAUGCAACAUGCUCCGACGUGGCCGACUCAUCUUCGGAUACCAGUCAUCCGGUCAGUAAGAUUAAGUUUAAGGUUAUUAAUGAAACCUUGAAGCAGUUAGAGAGUGAACGGAGCAGCGCUUUGUUAUUUAUCCGUGAAUUGAAAGAGUCUGGUUUUAAACAUGAUUUAGAAACUUACAUGUCAGUUGUUCGAUUGUUGUGUCAUUGGGAUUGGGGGAGUAUGGAUGUAAGGUCAAAUAAUUUGCUUAAUGAUGUUAUUGAUAAUACAAAUUGGGAAGUUUUUAAUUUUGAAAUUUCUGAUAAACUGUUUGACGCAUUGAUGGAGGAAAAAUUAAUAAAAGCUGUUGAUGGGUUGGUUGAGGUGUAUGCAAGUGUCGGAAAGUUUGAGGAGGCCAUGUACACCUUGUCCGAGAUGAAAAGUAGGGGUGGACUUGUGGUGUCAACAGAAACGUGUAAUUUUGUAUUGAACAAGUUGAUCAUGUGGGACAAAGAGGAUAUGGUAGAGUCGGUUUACAGAGAACUGAAGAGGAAUGGGUUGAUCCCGAAUGUGUAUACAUAUGGGAUGCUGAUUAGAGGACAUGGUAGGAAGGGUUGUUUGAAAGAAGCUUGGGACGUGUUUCGACAAAUGGAAGAGGCUGGAAUCGAACCUAAUGCUUUCAUUUAUAGUAGGUAUAUUCAUGUGCUUUGCUGCAAUGGGAAAACUGAUUUAGCCUUUCAGGUUGUAAAGGAUUUGAAUAAGCCGCUGCUUGAUGUUUUUUCAUAUGCUUGUGUCAUUCGAGGUUUUAUAAAAGAAUCGAAGCUACAAGAUGCAGAAGAUGUGUUGCUUCAUGAAAUGAAGCUUAGAGAAGUUGUCCCAGAUGCGCGUUGUUAUGGAGCAUUAAUUCGAGGCUAUUGUGAGAAAGGGGACAUUGUUAAGGCAUUGGUUCUCUGUAAGGAAAUGGAAUCAAGAGGUAUUCAAACAAUCGAUCAUGGGUAUGUGAGGUGGAUGAUGCAAUACUUGUGCGGUUUGGGCAUGCUUGAUGAAGCUCUAUACGUGUUCAAGCAUUUUAAGCAGCAAUCAAGGGUUUUCCUUGAUGGGGUCUCGUUUAGUAUUGCGAUUGAUGCUGCAUGUAAACUAGGGAAAAUGGAUGAUGCCAUGGGGUUGCUAGAACAGAUGAAAGGCAACAAAAUCAAGCCUAUUGUUAUGCACACACUAGGUUCCAAACCUACAGAGUGA